CAAAUGUAACCACCUGUGCCUUUAACCGCCCACUUAUAAACGUUACUUUUUAUUCUUCCUCACAGAACAUUCUUUUGCAAUUUUAUAGUGCGCUAGUUAUAUGGUUAUACGGGAAUAUGGAAAAUAUAAACGAAAAAGGGUCCAUUAAUGUACAGGAAAAUUGUACACCCGAUAAACAACUUGGAUUAAGUGCUGAAAUUCAUCAUGAAAUCCUAGAGAGGAAUAUGCUUACUACACGCACAAAGCAAAAGAUAUUAACAGAUUUAUAUGACAUAAAAAAAAUAGAGAUUGAAAGAUAUCAAAAUGGUCAACGAGAUAAAAUUCUUUCCGAGAUACUGAGCAGUGAGAUUUCCUAUCAACGGCAGCUCACGAUUCUCAAAGAUCACUUCAUGGCACCCCUGAAAGAGCGUGAGAUUUUAACUAAUGACGAAUAUGAUACCUUAUUUUGUAAUGUUAAAACUAUCAGCAAUAUAUCCAGCGAACUUAUACACCAACUGGAAACGAAGAGUUUCGCGGAUGCGUUUUCAAAAAUUGUACCCUUUUUUAAGCAUUACUCCGUUUACGCCUAUCACUAUAAAGCUAGCUUACAAAUGUUACAGAACAUUUCAAAGAAGAACGCUGCGUUUGCUCAUUUACUCGAAAUGCAGGAAAGCAGGCCCGAGGUCCAAUCAAAACUGUCUGCUUUGCUAAUCACACCAAUUCAAAGGAUACCUCGCUACUGCUUGUUGCUUGAGCAACUGAUUGAGAACACCCCUUCCUCACAUGAUCUCCAUCUUCCUUUAAUAGAGUUACACAAAACAGUUGAAUCCGUUGCCCUCCACCUCAACAGCUUGAUCGAGGAUCAGGAGAAUGCCCAGCUGCUUUUAGAAUUUCAACGCAGUCUCUUACACGGCGUCCCCUCCAUCGUACGGCCGGGUCGUAAGCUAAUUAAGAAGGGAGUACUGACCGUGGUAACCGAUGCCGAUAAAAAAUCUAAGAAGUGUGUCGUUUUGAUGAGCGAUAUUUUGAUGUACUGCAAAAUUAAGAAGAACGACGUCAAUUUACCAAAUUCGUUGAAAUGUUACGGUAUUUUUCCUUUGAAUAAGUGUAAGCUGGUGAAAAAUUUGAGCAAGGGGGCAUUUACUAUAAAUUGUGAAGACGAAAGUUUGACUGUAUAUCACGAACAUGCGAGUGAAAUCGAGGAUUGGGUCAGGGCGGUCGAUGGUCGAAUUAAGCAGUAUCUUAAUGAACGCAGGACUUUACGUAAGGAUAGUUCGUCUAGGCGACCAGCCGUACAUAAAAGAAACCUUGAACAAUACCAGGAGGUUGGGGUCAGUCCCGGAGUGCCACGGAGAAAACGGUUGAUUAGUGAUCAGGAGAAGGGGGAGAGUGCAACUGCUAAUACUGCUAUACAUAAGAACAACUCCUUAUAUUCAAAACCUACAAAACGUAGGUGCAUUAAAAGAUACUUCGAACGGCCUAUCUCUGGUCCAGAGACAAAGCAGCAAGAUUGUUUAUAUCCAUUACGAGAGUUGGCUUUGAAGGAUAGUAAUUUAUUAAGCAACACCAACACAGCCAUUGAAACAAAGGAAAAUAACAAACUUAAUACUGUCGAUAAUACCAACAAUGAUGUGUUUGUUUUUGGCAGUAAUACUCAGUCAAGGGGUUUCACUUUUAGAAUGAAAAACGCAUUUAAUGAUUUGAGAAUUUCAUUUCAAAAGUUUUUUGGUUUUCAUAGAUAAAAUACAUUUGAAAAACCUAUUUAUUUAAUCUUUCUUUUUUGUGUAUUUAUUUAUAUGUAGUUGUUCAGCACUGUAUGUAUAAUGUAUGUACUUAAUUACCUCUUAUAAUUAAAAUUCAAUUUAAAGCAGCUCAA